AUGCUUUUAUUACAGAUAGCAGCGUACCUUGAUCCUCAUACAUUUCAAAAAAUGUACGAAAUUGAUAAAGCUAAAGCUGAAGAUUUGAUCCUAAAAAAGAUCAAUGCAAAUGAUACAUCUGAACAAAAUCAAAAUACUCCUGUCAUAAACAGAUCACAACGGAUAAACGAUCCGUUAGAUCUUUUUCUCGCCAACUGUGGCGUUUUAACAAGUUCUUCUUCAUCAAACAUGACUACAUUACGAAAACGAUCAUCGAAGGAAGAGCUUGCAUUCUAUUUAGAUAGAGUUCAAGGUUGUCAAUCCUUUGAGGAAUUCUGGAAUGCGUACCAACAUGAUCUUCCUAAAAUGGCUGCUCUUGUUCGAGCUUUUAACAUUAUUCCAGCAUCAUCUGUUGCAAGCAAGUCGUUAUUUAGCAUUGCAGGAUAUGUACAAUGA